GGAGUUAUUAUCGCUGAAGGCGUUCUUAGCGGUCGGAGAAUAUCUUACAAAGGAAUCUCGUGGGGCUUUCUUUUCCUCUUAUAUUUGUAUGUCCAACUUUCCCGCUGUGUUGUGGUUGGAGUUCUGUACCCAUUGCUAUGCCGUUUUGGCUAUGGAUUGGACUGGAAGGAAUCCAUCAUACUCACGUGGUCUGGAUUAAGGGGUGCUGUGUCACUAUCACUCGCUCUAUCUGUAAAACAAUCAAGUGGAAAUUUAUAUCUCAGUUCGGAGACGGGAACAAGGGUGGGAUUGUUUUCCUAACUUUGGUUGUGAAUGGAUCCACUACCCAAUUACUCUUGCACUUUCUUCGCAUGGACACUUUAACGGCCAGUAAGAAACGAAUAUUGGAGUAUACAAAGUGUGAAAUGAUGAACACCGCCUUGAAAGCUUUUGAAAAUCUAGGAGAUGACGAGGAGCUUGGAUCUGCUGACUGGCCUACAGUUACAAGACAUGUUUCAAGCUUGAAAGAUUUGGAAAGGGGACACGUUAAUCCUUACAAUGGGUGUCCAGGCAGCUUACUGGGAGAUGCUUGAUGAUGGGAGAAUAACACGUAGCACUGCCAAU